AUGUCUAUAACAAAUAGAUUCUUAAAUUCUUUCGUUAAAAAUGUUAUAGAUAAACCCGAAGGAUUUAUUACAUCGGAUGAAACUAGAUCUACUCAAGCUUUAAAUGCCACGAAAGAAUUAUAUGAUUUAGGUAAAAAAGAAGAGCGAAAUAAUCCAAUAUUAAAACAAGACAAUGAAUCAAUAAUAAAAAACAAUCCAUUUUUUAAAUUAAUAAUUGAUAAUUGUGAUAAUGAACAAAUUUGGGCGGAAAUAAAUUUACAAAAUAAACCAUUUCUAAAUUAUGUUACUUCACAAUUAAAUGAAGAGAAAGAUAGACAUCCUGAAUUAGAUGAUAAAUUUUUUGAAUUGUCAGAAUUUAACAAAACAACUGAAGAAAAUGAAAAUUUUGAAGAUUCCGACGAUGAAAUCGAUUAUUUUGCAGAUCCCGAUGAUUUGAGUGAUUCUGAUGAGAUGAAUGCUAAUGAUAUAAAAUAUAGUGAUUUUUUUGAUCCACCCAAGAAGAAAGAAAAAUUUAGGAGGAAAUCAUCAAAGCUAUAUGAACGAUCGAUGAAUAAAGAGAAAGGGGUUGUUGAUCUACUUGAAGAGUCAGAAGAUGAUGAUGAUUUCCUUAAUAAUAAAGUUCGAGAUUUAUUUGCUCGAGACGAAAAAGAUGAUGAUGACGAGCAAAAAUCUUCUUUUCAAAAACGCCAAGAAAGAAUUAAAAAUCAAAUUGAACAAUUUGAAACGGAGAAUGUUGCUGAAAAAGAUUGGACUCUCGUAGGAGAGGCGUCAAGUAAAGAUAGGCCUAUAAAUAGUUUGUUGGAAGAAAAUUUAGAGUUUGAUCAUAUUGUAAAGCCCGUUCCUGAAAUAACUGAGCAAUUUACGGAAAAACUUGAAGAUAUAAUAAAACGAAGGAUUUUGGAUGAAACAUUCGACGAUGUUGAACGUAAACGUGAUCCUAAUUUUAGACCAUUUUUACCUUCGAAAUUAGUUGAAAUAUCAGAUGAGAAAUCAAAGAAAUCUUUAGCUGAAAUAUAUGAAGAAGAUUAUGUUAAACAAACUACUAAAGAUAUGAAAAAUGAGAAGGAUGAGGCAUUAAAGAAAGAACAUAAAGAAAUCGAAAAUAUGUUUAAGGAUUUAUGUCAUAAAUUAGAUGCUUUAAGUAAUUUCCAUUAUACUCCAAAACCACCCAAACCGGAAAUUACCGUUAUUUCUGAUUUACCUGCAAUUUCUAUGGAAGAAGUUAUACCUGUUAAUGUUAGCGAUGCUAAAUUAUUAGCACCUGAAGAAGUUUAUGAUAAAAAGAAAGGAGAAAUUAAGGGCGAAACUGAAAAGGAUUCGACCGAGAAGAAACGAGCUCGUGUUGCGAAGAAACGCGCCAAGAAGAGAGAGAAGUUAUUAAAAGAACGUGAAAAGAAAGUCAUCGAAAAGAUAAAUCCUGGAUUAGGUAAUAAGCAUUCCAAACAAAAGAUUUUGGAUUCUUUAAUUGGACAAAAGAAUGUUACUAUUAUCGAUAAGGAUGGAACUCAAAAAUCGGCAAUAAGACAUGUUGUUGAUGUUAAAUCCACAUCUUUGAAAUUAUGA